UUUUGGAGCUCUUGAGUUUGCGCAAAUUUUAGCAAGAGGAGGUGGUUGAUCUCACCAAUGCAGAGAAGGAGAUUUUUGGACGGCAUAGAUUGACCCACAGACUCGUAUGAUGCCUUUCUCUCUCUCUUCCCCAAAUUUUAUUGAUUUUAGCAAGGAGGAGAUGGUCUGCGGCUUGUGGGUGUCUGUUUGGUGGGCUGCAGACAAGUGGUGCGGGUGUGCGGCAGAGACUUAGAAAGAAGAGAUGGGUUAUCGAUGUUUUGGGGAUAUGAAGGAAACAGGAAUGGAUUUGCAAAUGCAUGGUGAUUGUAACUUCACACAGCUCUUAGAAGAGGGGUCUAUCAUGAAAAUUGAAUUUAUGAUGGACUCUCCAAAAGAUGAAGUGCAUACCCAAUAGUCUCCACAUGAAGUUCAAAUGGAAUCCAUUACUAAGAAGACACAAUGGGGUGGUAAUUUUGGUCUAGAAGAAGACUGUCUCAUUGUGUCUGCAUGGCUCAAUACUUCAUUAGAUGCAGUGCAAGGGAAUGAACAAAAACACAAAACAUAUUGGAAUAGAGUUUGGGAGUACUUCAAUAAAAAGACAUUUACAUCUACUCGUAAUGCAAACUCUCCAAUGAAUCGUUGAUCAACAAUUCAACUCCAAACUAAUAAGUUUGUUGGGAUCUUAGCAUCAAUUGAGAUGGUUAAUCCAAGUGGUGUGAAUGAGCAAAACAAGAUUAUUAAGGCAAAGGAAGCGUAUCUAAAGGUCCAAGCUGUUCCAUUCAAAUUUGAUCAUUGUUGGAAUAUCUUGAGGCAUCAACCAAAAUGGUUGGAACUUGUAGCGAAGCCUCAGAAGUCUCAAACGAUAAGAAGAUCAACUGCAACAUCUUCUCCUUCUACUCUUGAAUCAAUACAUCUAGGGGAAGAUGAAGUCUCCCAUGCUUCCUUUGUAGACUUGGAGAGACCACCUGGUAGGAAGGCUGAAAAGGAACGAUUAAAUAAACGAAAAAGUAAUGAUAGUUUGAUUUUGAAUCUUGAAGGGAUACUAAAUGACAUGGCAGAAAAGAAGAGCAAAAAAUAUGAUGAGAAAAAUGAUUUUCAUGAGAGGGCAUAUUCUCAAACUCAAGAACUCAUAGAGAUUAAGAAAAUGAAGCAUCAAGAACUGGUGGAGAUCAAGAAAAUGGAGGUUGAAGAGUUGAUUCGUGUUAAGAGAGAGAAGCUUCAAUUAGAACGAAUGACGAAAGAAUUGAAAAUUACCAUGAUGGAUGCUACAAACUUGGAUCCAGAGCAGCAACAAUGCAUUAGCCAACUUUGCCAAGAACUCAUUCAACGUCAAGAGAAGAGUAAUUGGGGAAUAUUGUUUCAAUGUAGCACACUAUUCAUAUAACCUUUUUGUGCAAGGAUUUUGUUGUUAAGGUGUUUCUAAACUUUUCAAAUUUUGUUGUAGAGGAGCAUGUGCACCAUUUGGUCCAUCCAGAUUUUUGUAAUAACUCUCUCAUAUGUGAUUGGAGUUGUCUUUGUCUA